AUGGCUUCGCAAACUCCCAUCAACCGGCUGGUGCAACAGGUCGAUGGCCUAACCCUCGACUCCGUCGCCGAGAAGUUCCCGAACUGCUAUCCCGAGAUCAACCCCUUUGACCUCUACCGCGCCCAUCUUACGAACAUACUUGCCAUAAUUACCGGCGUCGACUCCAAAAUCAUCUAUCCCAGUCUGUCAUGGACCCAGGGUCUAGACAAGGGAGAUCUUGUUCUUGCUGCGCCUGCGCUGAGGAUCAAGGGCAAGAAGCCUGACGAAUUGGUUUUGGAAUGGGCUGAGAAGUUUCCCGGAAAUGACCCGCUCUUCGAGAAACCUACGGUCCACGGCUACUUCAUGUCUUUUUUUGUCAAGGGCGCUCCCCUCGUUCAAGCUGUCAUUCCCAUGAUUCGCCACUACCGCGGGGACUACGGCUGCAACAAAUUUCACGGUUUGAAGGACCCAAAGGAUCCCUCAAAAGGCAAGAAACGCAUCAUCGUCGAGUUCUCCUCACCCAACAUCGCCAAGCCCUUCCAUGCCGGCCAUCUCCGGAGCACAAUUAUUGGCGGAUUUCUGGCCAACCUGUACCAGGGAGCGGGAUGGGACGUUAUUAGAAUCAACUAUCUCGGCGACUGGGGGAAACAAUACGGUCUUCUGGCCUUGGCCUUUGAGAAGUAUGGCGACGAAGAAGCGCUCAAUAAAGAUCCCAUCAACCACCUGUUUCAGCUUUACGUGCGCAUCAACAGCGAAAUGUCAGCCGAGAAGGAGCAGAUCGAGAAGCGGAAAGCUGAUGGCGACGACGUGACCGAGCUGGAGGCCAACAGCUUGGAUGAGCAGGCCCGUCGGUACUUCAAGAAGAUGACAGACCGAGAUCCAGCAGCCAUCGCUCAGUGGAAGAGGUUUCGCGAUUUGAGCAUCAAACGUUACCAGGACACUUACGCCCGCCUCAAUAUUCACUUUGACGAGUACAGCGGUGAGAGCCAGGUGUCUGAAGAGGCCAUGAACGCGGUCGGAAAGGAGAUGGAGGCUAAGGGCAUCUGCAAAGAGGAUAAGGGCGCUAUGAUAGUCAACUUCCAGGAGCUCGUCCCCGGGAAAGAAGGCAAGCGGCUGGAGAAGCCAAUCAUCAGGAAGAAAGACGGGACCGCUCUGUACCUGACCCGUGACAUCAGCGAGCUCCUCAGCCGCCAUGAGAAGUACCAGUUUGACCAGAUGAUUUACGUGGUAGCGUCUGCUCAGGAUCUCCACCUGAAGCAGCUGUUCAAGAUCAUCGAACUGCUGGGCCACAAGGACAUUGCGGACAAGUGCCUGCACAUUAACUUUGGCCUGGUCCUCGGCAUGAGCACCCGCAAAGGCACCGUCAAAUUCCUCGACGAUAUCCUCCGCGAUGUCGCCGACAAGAUGCACGAAACCAUGAGGAAGAACGAGGACAAGUAUGCUCAAGUUGAGAACCCCGAGGCGACAGCAGAUACCCUGGGCAUCAGCAGUGUCAUGGUUCAAGACAUGACUGGCAAGAGGAUUAACAACUAUACAUUCAACAUGGAUGCCAUGACCUCGUUUGAGGGUGACACCGGGCCGUAUCUGCAGUACGCACAUGCUCGCGUCUCGUCCAUCAAGCGACGGGCAGGUCUCAGCGACGAGGAUCUGGCUAGCGCCGAUCUCUCACUGCUUACCGAACAGCAUGCUAUCAACAUCGUCCGGUUGCUCGCUCAGUGGCCUGAUACGGUGCAGAACACCAUGAGGACGCUGGAGCCGACAACUGUCCUGACAUACUUGUUCAAGAUGACGCACGCGCUUAGCAGCAGCUAUGACCACCUCCAGGUUGUAGGCAGUGAGCGGGAGUUGAUGAAGGCCCGGAUGGCCCUGUACGAGGCAGCCCACAUAGUCCUGGGCAAUGGAAUGAGAUUGCUGGGACUGACCCCGGUCGACCGGUACGUGUUGGAUUCUCCCCCUCUCCCCGUCCACCCGCACCCCUACUGGCUGGCCUUCAGGGACUGA